UCCACAAAAUUUGUAUCCCCAGGUCAAGUUGUCGCCUUAACUGCUUUAUCGGAAAAACCUCGUGAUGGCUUCCAAGGAAGCAUCGCUGAAAAUUGUAAUCUAUGUCACAGUAAUAAUGACCAUGCUUGCAGCUACAGUUUGGAUGUCAGAAAAACAAAGCAUUACAAUUGAGGUAAAAUGCAAUGGAACAAACAUCACUUGGAACGAAACUACUUUGGACAAGAAAACCAUGCAGUAUAAAGAAAUGGCUUUGGCUGUGAGAAGUCUGUUGAAAAAGGAUCUUGAAAACGUAACGGGCGUUACUGAUUUUAAAGUGAAAAAAUUCUUGAAGAUUCACAGAAACCCUGGAACGUUUUGCGAAUUUGAAUUUGAGUCUGAUCUUGGAAAAGAAAGAGUCGAAAAUGAACUUGACAACGCCCUCGACAUUUGCAUGGAAAAAGCGUCGAUCGUGAACCUUCGACAGAACAUGAGCCUCCUGUUGCCUGGUGUAGAAUGGAAGGAUCCCUUUGCUGAUUACAACAAUUCUGAGUACAGAAGAAUAAAAACAGCAAUAGAAGAUGCUCUUAACGAAUUCUACCAAGACAAAGACGACGUCGUGGAUUUUGAGGUCGUUUCGCUCGCUAAAGCAAAUGACGGAUGGACCUUAGCGAAGGUGGAGUACUAUCUUUUGGUUUCAUCAGCCACCAACGCGACAGGAAAAGAAUUGCAAGACACACUUACAACGUUUACAAAAAGUGACACGUAUGAAAAGACGUUCCCUGAUGCCAAGCGAAUACACGAAAAACGAAAUACUGCUACUGAGAGUAGUGAGAUGGAUAAAGAGAACCAGAGGAGCAAAUUGACAAUAAGCUUGAUUGUGGUGGCAGCGAUAACCAUUUGUGCAGUGAUGAUACUCUUCCUUAUUGUGGUUAUCCGUCAGAAUUGGAAAUACAUCAAAGAGCACGCACCCGAGGUCAAAUUUGAAAUGUACCGAAAAAGACGAAGCAGGGCUAAGAAUCUCCCCGAGAAAAUCCAGAAGGAGGAGACCAAGACCACACCUGUUAGCAGUGAGGAUUGCAUUGUUGUGUUAAAUUCAUAUGAUAAUCCAGUAUCUUCUGAAUCCUAACUUAAUCUCUUAGAGAACGGUUGGGGGAAAAGGGGGGGCGGGAGUGAGUUGGUACUCCCCUAUUUGGGUGUCUUUCUCGAUCGGAGGCUUCAGUUAGAGUAGGAAAGUAGGCGGUGCGCUUUCUAAGCAUUUCAUGACAUUUCUGCCACAGCAUAGUGGAAAAAGCUCCAUGAGAUUAUUAUGGCUCAGUUUUAACAAUAUACACACGUUCUACUCACAGAGAUUGCUUACAUUAUAAAUUGCUAUGUAAACGAUGAUCAGUCAUUUCGCCUACGAGUCGUUACGCCAACGCCUCAGGGCAGCGCCUUGCUAAUAACGUAUUGUAAUACGUUUAUUGUCGGAUCGGUUCCAUCGGCAGAACUUGAGCAACUUCUCAUCGACCGUAUGUUCACGGUACAACAUUUCAUUUGUCGCCACUUGGAAGAAAACAAAACUAAAAACAGACGUUAUGACAUAACCUAAAAUGUUAGCGAAGUGACCUGAAAGAGUCGUAGGGGCGAAACGACUGUAAUUUCUGUAAACAACAAUUUACUGUUGCAUGUUCAUCUAGGAAUAUGAAUCAUCUACGGAUUUGAAACCUUAAAUUAAGAUUAACUUUAGGAAAUAAACAGGCAUACCCUGCGUGCGGGAUCUCCGCUGUUAUUUGAUAAUAGAUAGACCAUUUCGGAUUUUCAACGUUCAAAUGAGGCUAAGGACAAAAUAUUUCUUAUAACAACAUCUUUCCUUUUGGGAUAGAAUAGGAAACCAUGUCCACAUCAAAGACCUCGCACUUACCUACCAUUUCAUACGGAGGGUUUGGGCGUGUCGGAAAUAGCCCACGAUCCCAAUUUGUACAGUCCUGUGCAUUACACUGUUGCCAGUUUGAUGCUAGGAAUCUGUCAGUAUGUUCUUCAAGAGUUUAAAACCAACAAAACCUCGGCAAAGGCCAUAAUAAAAUGUAAAUAUUCGUUAAUUUGGAUGAAGGUCGAUGAGUUUUGUAGACAUGAUAAUUGAUUUUAUGAAAGGCUAAAGAGGUUUCUUAGAUAUUAGGCCUAUUUACCAGCUAUAAAAACUCUUUUUAAUUAAGAAAUACAUUGCUUGUAAAAAGGAUGCCAGCCAACAGGGGUUUUAUGCUUAUUUGUAUUUGGCGUCUCUGUUUCAUCGUAAAUCGAUUUAGAAAAAGGCUCCCGCUCUUAGCUCGGCCGGUAUGCUGUCUGCUGGUUCUCAUUACCAGUGUAUAUGUGGAGGCAGUGUGGCCGAUAAGUUGGGGCGGGGGAUUUGUAAUCUGGUCGUCCCAGUUAAAGCCCUGCACCCUGCUUCUCACUGGAUUUGUUCUCAGUUCCCCCCUCCCUCCCCCUGUGGCUGCAAUUGUAUAUAGUCAACUAGUCUGUCUCUAGUCAGUUGGGAUUUUUAAACGCUAUGUUUAUUGACACACUAUGUUUGUUUUAAAUUAGAUUGUAUUGGCCCUGAAGAGCCCCUCAGAGAGUUAUUAUCAUUAUUAUUAUCACUAUUAUAACAUCAAGGAAAAUAAUUACGUCAAUGUAAAACGAGGAACAUGGUUGUUUGUACACAGUUAGUGUUUGCUUGCUUUUUUUUCUCUUUUGUAUGAGAAUCUUACAAACAGAAAACUCUAUCAUCAUAGUAAGCGGAGGAAAUAUUCAUCAAAUUAAUGUAGUCAUGUGAGUAGGUCGUAUCAUUAAAGUUAAA